GCCACGAAGAGAUGUCAGCGUUCGUGUGCCGACUUGCCCGAAGAAAACGCGUACCGAGCUCGGAUUAACGGCGGAUUAGCCACCGUCUCGCGUCGCGCCUGAGCUGUACAAAUGCGUGUACCCGUGCGGUGAAGCAAACGCACAGGCGAAGCCGUCGUGAUGCGACCACAACGCUCGAUGAUUCCGUGCUGCGCGAUGCGAACGGUGUUCAUCCUCACUUGGAUGCUUUCGGCGCAAUGUGGAGCUACGUCGCAUCAGGAUGCACCAGUGAUUCAGCCGUUAGUGCUUCCGUCCGACGUUGUGACGGGAGUGAACACCAGGCUCUUGUGCAACGUGCAAAAAGGAACACGGCCUCUAACGUUCGCAUGGAUCAAAGACGGCGCCUCGGUCAGCGACGGUGUGUCGUCGCAGGACGAUUUCUCGCUGCUCAGCAUAGACCCGGUGACGGCGGAAAGCGCCGGAAAUUACACCUGCGUCGUGAGCAACGCAGCGGGCACUGACCGAUACACGUCGACGCUGGAAGUGAAGCAGCCGUCUCAAUGGACUGAAGAACCCAGGGAUGUUUCUGUUGCCGAAGGCUCCGAGGUUCGGCUCACAUGCGCGGCCACAGGACGACCCAAGCCCACCGUUACAUGGAGCCGGUGUGUCUCUGGAGGCCAACGCAGCGUAGUCUGCGGUGACUCCGAGACACCGGUGCCCGUCAGGACCAGCAACGGCAGCGUCUCGUUCGCGCACGUCACCAAAAAGGAGGAAGGAAGGUACGCCUGUUUCGUGGACAACGGCGUCGGAAAGCCGCUUAGGAAAGUGAUCCGAGUGGCCGUCAACGUGCCGGCCAAGUUCGCCGAGAAACACAGCGUGGUGACCGCUCGGCGGGGCGAGAACGCGCGCCUCCUGUGCGACGCCCAGGGAGACCAGCCGCUCACGGUCGCCUGGUCCAAGGGCGUCCAGAAGAUCGACCGCGGGGGAAACUCGAGGCUGGAAAUAUUCGAGACCAUGACAGACAGCGGCCUGCGCUCGGAGCUGUUCAUCUCUAGCACGGAGCGUAGCGACGGCGCAGUCUACACCUGCCGCGCCGAGAACGAGUUCGGCCACGACGAACGCACCAGCAAGUUGCUGGUUGUCGAGGUUCCCGGACAGCCACAGGAUGUCAAGGUCUCCGAAACGUGGAGCCGCUCGGCGAGCGUCAGCUGGUCUCCUCCAUACAGCGGCAACAGCCCGGUUGCCAAAUACGUCAUACAAUACUGGAAGGACUCUGGUACAGCACACAGGCUUCAAGAAGUGGCCGUUCCUGGAUCGCAGACGUCGGCCCUGGUGGGCGACCUGCACCCCGGUUCCACCUAUCAUCUCAGCAUCCUUGCAGAAAACUCCGUCGGCGUCGGUCUCGCCUCAACGCCUGUCAAGUUGCACACGGGCGAAGAAGAGCCAAGCGCAGCGCCGACUGACUUCCACGUUGAAGCCAGAGGGCCAAGCACAGUGCGCGUUUCCUGGAAGCCUCCACCGCCAGACGAGUGGAACGGAGACCUGCUGGGCUACUACAUCGGUUACAAGCCAACGUCAUCGGGCCAGCCUUACUCGUACCGCACCAGCGAGUUCCGACCCAACGCCAGCCACGAGUUCUUCCUCACGGGCCUUCAACGCGGAACGGAGUACGCGAUCAUCGUGAAGGCCUACAACGCAGCCGGCUCCGGGGUCGCCUCGCACGAGCUACACGUCAAGACACUGGAUGGAGAUGUGCCACCGCCACCGAAGGUGUUCGUCUCUGGCACGACGCAUUCGUCCAUCACUGUCACCUGGCACCAGCAGUUCGCCAGCGGUGUGAGAGGUUACGUGCUCCACCACCGGCCCGAAGAGAGCACCCAGGAUUGGAAAGAGGUGAACCUCGACUCGCGCUCGUCCUCGUACACCGUGUCGGGCCUCGAGUCCGGCGUCCUCUACCAGCUGUACGUCAGCGCCACCAACGAGUACGGCACGGGCGACCCCAGCGAGAUCAUCACCGUCAGGACGCACAAGGCCGGAGGCGUGAUGCAGUCGCCGAUCUUCGGAGACGCCAGCACCCCGCUCUACCUGAACCUGUUCAUCAUGAUCCCCGUGCUGGCCAGCUUGGUGACCAUCGUGCUGGUGGUGAUCGUGACGUGCGUGUGCCUGCAGCGCAUCAAACGCCGACCUCCGCAGCCGCCUCUCCAGCCGCCACCGGGCACCAUGGAGAGGCGGAGCAAGCAGUUCGCCGCCGGCCUCGACGGACAUCCGCAGAUGACGUCGACGAGCGCCCGUCACGCCGAGAAGGCCCAGCAGGCGGCAGGCGAGUACACGGGCCUGUCGCAGCGCUACGUGGAGGUGCAGCCGCCGCCGCUGCCGGCCGACCACCCGUGCGCGCUGUACCCGGCGCCCAGUGCCACGCUGCCCAUGACCGAGGAGCUCGAGGCCAAGAUGGCCAGGCACAACGUCAACCAGGAGAUGAAGACGUUCCUCGCACAGAACCGGGAGCUGCCAACGCUUCCCAUCGGCGCCAAGGCCUCCAUGUCCAUCAAGAAGGACCACAUGUACGAGAGCGCCCAGUGAUGCCACGCCGCGUUGAAUUUUACGCACACGGAUUCCACCGCGGAGGUGGACACGGGCAUCGGGCGUCCUCGGACUACCAUCGUCGUCGUCGUCGUCGUCGCACUUCGCGUCUCUCACGUCUCACCACAUCCGCAACAAAAACGGAAACCACAGAGCACACAUCCGGACCCCACUGUUUGCCCGAUCCUCGGCGUCCGCGAGUUUACGCUCAACAACGAGCGUGCCUGGCGGGUGGCGUUGCAGUGCUCCUCUCAGCUGCCCUGUUAUGUGAGCUAAAUGUGCUAUGAAUAUCGCGCUUUGCGUAUACGUGGAAAGCUCGCGAGUUGCUGGCUCCUCGACAAACUAGUCACAGCAUUCUCAUGCUGGCCUGCCGAUGGGUUAGUUGGCAGCUUGCGAAUUCCUCAGCGCUAACAUGUCUCAACGAGCUAGUGAUGUACGACGUUAGAGAACCCGUUGAGACAGCAUAAAACCAUGACUUGCAACAAUGCCGCAACACGAAUACAUGUGUAUGAGAAGGAGAGGGAAUACAGGAAAGACAGAAAUUUGAAUAGACUACGACCAGUUUGCUAGUCUGCCCAUGUUGAAUAUGUGUGUGAACGCUACAACUACGGAGCUGGCUUCCUGUAACUGCAACGCGGUUCUUAGCAAUGGAUGAAACUCAAGUGGCGUUUAUAAGACGUUUUAUGGUGUCAAUCAUCUGCGUUUUUCUUCGUCCAUUGGCACUCCUAAAAGAGGCUUCUUCAUUUUGUUGAAAUUUGCAUACCCUGUGAUUCUGCUCGAAGUUAAGGGACUUAGGGAUGCCGCGCGAUCGUAACACACACAUGAAGCGGUAACAUCAUCGACUGCAUGUGUUCUAUCCUCAGUGGUGGCUGGGUUCACGAAAAUAUAACGUCCAAGUAGAGGCCAAUGCUUAUAUUUGAGUUUGAUUAUCCACGAGGGACAAAGCACUGUCAAUACAGCAGUGCCCGUAUUUCCGGUCGAUCGAUCGCUACAUUAGAACUAUUGCAUCCCGUAACGGUCAAUGAGACGUCUCAUGAAAACUUUUCAACGUACUCGUCAACAGAACGGUGAAAAUAACGUUUGUUAUUUGUGGAGGCGCACACGCCUGCUUUCGUCUCAGCCGAUUUGUUCGCCCCACCAAUAAAAACACAUUUACGCUAUCGUAGAAAGUGGUGCAUCUAGAAAUGCAUCUUCAGGAUGCUGAAAACGGAAUCCAUCGUGAGGAAGCAGGCGAGAUACACGUAUCGGCGGCAUCGCAGAGGCGGUCAAUAUUGUGGCAGCACAAUCAGUCGACAUAAUCAUUUGAAGCUGCGCACGUUCGUGCAGACAGCGCUUGCAAAACACUUGAAGGUCCCAUUACAUUUCGUCCUAUAUUACUAACGAUUAUUUUGAACGUCGUGCUCCGGUUAUGCUCAAGGCUGUUCUGGAUGGUGCGUGAGGAUAUGCGUAUGACAGAUGGUAGCUAGGAGUUCGCACGAAAUCGUAAUUCUCCGCCUUGUACAUAUGUAUUUAUGAUUUAUUGCCGCAUACAUUGCAUUCUUCGUUUUCCACGCACAUUUACGUCGAGCGUUUAUUUCUGCGCGCACGUUAGCGUUUGCGUUACUUGAUGUCCAUAGUGUCCCCCUGCGGUCAUCACUACGAGCCAGCGCGACGAGCGUGACGUUUGACGGUUGCUCCCGACAUGAUUUUGUUUUUAAUACACAUUGACCCACGCGUACCACGAUUCUUUCGCCCUCGUUGAAGGGCCCCUAAACAACCUCGGAAUAUAUUAAAGAAAAAAACAGGGCGUUGUUGUCCACAGGCGUUUCCCGUCUUUUCGGCCCAAUUCGUGACGCCAGCACUCUGUUCAAAUGAUGUCAUGAAGUGCAGGCUGUCUAUUGGUCCUUACGAGGGAUGUCAUUUGUGGACUGUCUCGUACCCUGCUCUUCAAUGCAGUCGCACGCUCGUUCUGACUUGUCUAUGAUGACAUCUAUAGACUCCUUUCACUUCGUUUUGUGCGCUUUCGCCUGAGCAAGCGAAGAUACCAGAGUGUAAACAAAAAACCGUAAAAUGCUGAAAGACUCAAUGUUUAACACCGUCUUUCAUAAACAAAUAGGUGGCGACACUAUUGAAGGUUCUCAUAUUACACGUACGCCUCGUAUACGAUAUUCUCUUGCAAAUACGUGUGAGUCAUACGAGUUCUCGCAUGAUCAUGCGAAUCGCGGGAUGUUAGUGAAGACAUAAAAAGAAACCCCUACCUCGUCUUUAGCUCGGUAUGGUUUAGGGGUCCUUUGAAGUAUCUCACGUCGUACCAUAUAUAACGUCUUUGUCUUCGUUACGUCGCCGUCGGCACACAACUCGAAAUGAAAAAUACACGAAGGAAGAACCAGCGGCCCGCGGGGCGGAUGACUCUUCAUCCAAAUGCCAAAAUGUGCCGGAUGGUACCAGCCGCGAGGGCGCGGCGCCUAACGUCAACGUUAGUAGCGGCCAGACGUUACGCAGCGGUACGACAACCGAAAAAGAGGCGACGCCGUAAGGUUUAAUCUAUAUAGGGUAAUCGUGAUUUGCCAAACGUGUGUAAGCAGGUGUAAGGUGAUGCGUGGUAGGACAAUUCGUAUACUAUAGUAAUAAGGUAAUCGUUACAGGGUGAGACCUGCAGAGUCUCGCGCGUGUGGUGCCAUACAAACUGUGCUGUAACGUUGGAGUGUAUACAGUCGUGGAAAAACUUUGUUCGGCCUGGCCCGUCGGCUUUAUACCCUUUGGAUGGAAACCUCUGCUAUAACCCCUCCUUUCAAACUAUAUUGCUCCCUUGCUCCGCGGAAUGAGUUUCGGCACCCUUUUGCAGCCGAAAUAAAGACCGCGAAAGUGAGGCCAAGCUGUCCAGAGGCCAAAUUCGUUCUCGGAGAAACUUCUUGUCCUUCUGAAGAACAUUUACAGUCCUUCCUCAUUCCGGCAAUUCACUCAAACAGGGUAAGCAAAUUUAGCAAUGCGCUUCGAUCGUCGCGUUAUGCGGGAAAGCCGAAUUUCAAAAUUAUGUUCGAAACAAGACAAGAAGUCAUUCAGAGAGCGUAAUUAAGAACACCUUUGCGCAUGCAUGCAGGGUCGAUGCACUGCACCAAAACAUCCGGCGACACGGUCAGAGCUGCUGCACGGAAGUUUUCAGUUGAUCGUAAGACGUUUCUUUAUCGUACAGAAGCUUUUUUUUUUUUUGUACGUAAACCAUUUUUUUAUCGAGUGAGGUGUCUAGUUCACGACAGUGCUCAUACUAGUAGGUGCGCCGCGGGUCCUCCUACUUAGACAAUUACUUAAACGAGGUCACAACAAACAUUAUUGUUAUCUCCCACACUCUAGCCGCAUGCAGUGUUGAAAAAAAAAAUUGUGCACCUUUUUUUCACGCAGUUGUUUGUUGUAAAUACUAGGUUUCAAGUUUUUGGAGUGCGUGUCAUACGAUGUUCCGUCACUUCGUCGCAAUGAAUGCUUAGAUAACGUGCAUCCUUUUUAGGGAAUGUAAGAAUUACUUUCAUCAAUUGUGCUGCUGACAACACUGCGAGACAACCUCAAACAUGCGAAGCAAAAUCACCGAAAAACAACAACGCAAUUCCCUGCCUUUAUUUUCAAUUUCAGUAAUGUUAUGUGACUAUAUAGGUGGCAUGUGCAGCGCAAUUUUCAACAUAUUCGGUCUCUGGGUGACUGUAUUUCGUGUGACCUCUCGUGAUACGUGGCUGGGCUGUAUUAUGUGUGGUUAUUUGUGUCCCCAUGUGCAUACACACCAUGAUUAUGCCAUUUUUCUUAUGACUUGAAUGACCUGCGUGAACUAUCUUUAGGUGCGACUCUGUAUGCAAUUUUUUCACGGCUGUAAUGCUUUUAAAGAUGUACACCGCCAUUUACUUUGACAUGAUAAUUUUCAGUUAUGAUCAAACUAUGAACUUUUGGAGAGGUAUCAUUUUGUUCUCGUUGAAGUUUCAGAUGUUUAGUUCAUUUUGACACCCGAGCUUGAAUAUUUUAUUCCUUUUACGUUUUUCCCCUCCUCCAGCAGACUUCCGCAAAGCUGUUCCACCACUUUUCCACAGAACUACAGCAACACACACACACAUGCAAAUUCAACGCAAAGCUACAGGCACACAAUGGUGAUGGAAGAUCGCCCGCGUCAUCUAACCAUCUAAUGAGAGUUGUUUAAGCAUUAGUUUGCUUAUUACGCGUGCCAACCCAUGCGGUUUGUUUCCCUGCACAUUGUUGGCAAGUAUAGCGCGGCUGUGGGCUACUAAAAACUAAUCUUUAUUUGAUAUAAUCAUUUGCACCAGGCACCCAAUAACGGCACAUUAAACUUUACAUGCGAAAGCACAGAUAUUUUUCAGCAGACACUCAGCAAUCUAGUGCUCCAAUGAAAUGAAAAUAUCUCAUUGCACAUUAUGCUUAAUGAUAACAUAAAACAUCUGGGCAUACACUACAAACCAAACCACAGAUUGACUUUUGCGAAGUGUUCCACAGUGGUGACGAGCAGCUACGAGCGUCUUGUACAGUGUAUAUUUCUUUCCACAUUUCUUCGUGUGCGGAAGCAUACAUAGCAAUGCUGUUUCAUAUAUCGUCUGUGUGUGCGUGACGUGAAAAAAAGAUAAAAAUCGAACACAGCUGUUGUCACACUGUUUCUUGUCUUGUGGCUGAAUCAACAACGCCAGAGUCCUGAAUGAUCCCUUCUUCUUCUCGUAAAACGGCAUUUCAUGCCUUGUCAUAUUUGUAAAUAACUAAAAAAUAAAGAAAAGACCGCCGUUACGGUUGUCCUUCAAAUCACCAAA